GGUUAAAUGUCGAUUAUUUCGCAAAUUUCGGGGUGGUCCUAAACUUUUGGCCAGGGAGUGUAUUUGGCUUUAAGCGUAUUUUGAAAGAACUAAUUGACAGACCAUUGGUUGGACUUUCAGGGAUUACUUGUGAAAGCCUGCGUGACAGUUUUAUUCCAGGAAGGUUUCUUAAAUUAUGUGUGUAUAUUGAAAUUACAUUAUGGCAUCUGAUUUCAAUAGGACAUAAUAUUCCAUGGAUUGAAUGUGAAGGAUGUGCCUGUGAAGAGGACAAAGUUAUUCGGAUCGAGCAUUUGGAAUAUCUGGCAAUCAAGGCGCCUCGAUUGCACCAGAUCGCAUGUUUUAUUGAGCAGGGACGUGUGAGGCGAAUACGCAUCCAAAAGGAUAGAUGGAAGUUUCAUUGA